CUCUAACAUACCUUUCAAAGGAGACACAGCCUUUCCUCAGCCUUAGCGAAUCCUGUCCCAAUCGAUCCACCUAUAUAUUAACACCACCAACUUCCAUUCUUUCUUCAGACCCCCCAUUCCUCUUCCCCUUUGCUUCUCAGACUCGCAGCAUGCUUGCUGUCUAGUUACUCCCCAAGUCAGUCGCCCCAACUAGAGGAAGCCACAGCAGAGAGAGAGAGAGAGAGAGAGAGAGAGAGAGAGAGAGAGAGAGAUGGCGAGCGACAAGGUGGUGGAGACAGUGAUAGUGGGGAACUAUGAGGAGAUGGAGGCGGAGGAAGGGAAGCCCACGAGCGUCAAGACCAAGAUGUCCAACUUCUUCUGGCACGGCGGUUCCGUCUACGAUGCUUGGUUCAGCUGCGCUUCAAACCAGGUGGCUCAGGUCCUGCUCACGCUGCCCUACUCCUUCUCCCAGCUCGGGAUGCUCUCGGGCAUACUCUUCCAGCUCUUCUAUGGCUUGCUGGGGAGCUGGACUGCGUACCUCAUCAGUGCCCUUUACGUGGAGUACAGAACCAGGAAAGAGCGAGAAAAAGCCGAUUUCAGGAACCAUGUCAUUCAGUGGUUUGAAGUUCUGGAUGGGCUGCUGGGGAAGCACUGGAGGAACGUGGGUCUGGCGUUUAACUGCACUUUCCUUCUGUUUGGUUCUGUCAUUCAGCUCAUAGCCUGCGCAAGCAACAUAUACUACAUAAACGACAACCUGGACAAGAGGACGUGGACGUACAUCUUCGGGGCGUGCUGCGCCACCACCGUCUUCAUCCCUUCCUUCCACAACUACCGCAUCUGGUCCUUCCUCGGCCUCGUCAUGACCACCUACACCGCCUGGUACCUCACCAUCGCCUCCCUCCUCCACGGCCAGGUGGAAGGGGUCAAGCACUCGGGUCCGACCAAGAUGGUCCUGUACUUCACCGGGGCCACAAACAUUCUCUACACAUUUGGGGGACACGCUGUCACUGUGGAAAUCAUGCACGCGAUGUGGAAGCCCCAGAAGUUCAAGGCCAUAUACUUGUUGGCGACGGUGUAUGUGCUGACCCUGACCCUUCCGUCGGCGUCGGCGGUCUACUGGGCGUUCGGUGAUAUGCUCCUCAACCACGCCAACGCCUUCUCGCUCCUCCCCAGGUCGCCGUUCCGUGAUAUGGCCGUCAUUCUGAUGCUCAUUCACCAAUUCAUCACAUUUGGGUUCGCCUGCACACCGCUCUACUUCGUGUGGGAGAAGGCAAUAGGGAUGCACGAGUGCAAGAGCAUGUGCAAGCGGGCGGCAGCGAGGCUCCCGGUGGUCGUCCCGAUCUGGUUCCUGGCCAUCAUCUUCCCUUUCUUCGGCCCCAUCAACUCCACCGUCGGAUCCCUCCUCGUCAGCUUCACCGUCUAUAUCAUUCCGGCCCUCGCCCACAUCUUCACCUUCAAAUCCGCAGCUGCUAGGGAGAACGCGGUGGAGCAACCCCCGAAAUUCGUGGGCCGAUGGAUAGGGGCGUACACGAUCAACAUGUUCGUGGUCGGGUGGGUGCUGGUGGUUGGGUUUGGGUUCGGCGGGUGGGCAAGCCUGACCAAUUUCAUCCACCAGAUCGACACGUUCGGGCUCUUCACCAAGUGUUACCAAUGCCCUCCUCCGACGCUUCCCCCGCCGUCCCCCCAGCCCCUCAACAUCACUGCAUCUCUGCCCCUCCAGCACCCUCGCCACGGCCUUCGCAACCCUUGAAUUCUCCUUUUCCUUUUCCCACAAUCGGCGGCUCGGGAAUUCGCGAGAUCUCAAAGUCCAUGCCAAAGAAAGCUUCAAAUGCUACUCCUAAAAGUAAACCUUGGGGAUUUUCCUAGUAGGCAGAGGAGAUAGGAACUGAAAUGCACAAUCGCCCCCAAAAAUUGUCUAUUUCCAUUUUUCCAUUUUACCUCGACACCACUUCCUAUUUUCCGAAUUUAGCUUAUAGUGAUAUGAGAUGAUGUACUCAAUUGGCUCUCGACUGUCCAUCCCUACCAGUUCAAAUAGUUCAUUCACAUGA